GCACCGCUGACUUCUGACCCGGCUGGCAUUGCAUAAUCCCAGUUGAGUUAUAAACCCAAAGGUUGUGCUGUAAGCCAACGGAGAUCAACCAAAAUAAACAAUGCGAAUCGCUGAGAAAGCCAGUCCUACUCUUUUCAGACUGGUUUGGCGCACAGAACUUUCAUUUGUUAUUGGCCAACAACUCAUAACGAUGUGCCUGAGCAUAUGCAAAUGACAACAUUUUUAUUUGAUUUGUGCGCAGAAGUUAUUGAUUUCUCCAUUGUGAUGUGAGAACCUGUCCGGUGAUCUUUGAAAACCUAGCUUUGCUCGUGCAGCGACAAACAAACAAGAAUAUUGCCAUUUAAUAAUACCCGAUUAUCUAAACUCACCAAUUGGGUCAAUGUCAAUGUGAACUACUGGAAACUGCAGAGUGACAAAGUCACUGAACUGCUAGAAACACCCACGCUAUCAAUCUUUAAACGGGUGCUCCACUUUCAGAUAUCUUUUGUAUUAAAUAAUAGAACGUUUGGUUGCAAUAUGUGGUUUAAAUGUUCGGCAGACUGAGCUGAAUAUGGCACCUCUAACCAGUCUAAUGGAUGCUCAAACCUUAACUAAAUGCCUCCAGUUAGCUUUCUCUGGCUUGAACUUGACUCGUAGAUUAACGAUCUACUUAAAUAUUCUAUAUUUAAGUUGCGGAGCUGGGGAGCCAAGAAAGUGGAGAGUCUUCCCAGCCGGCAACGCAGGGGUUUAUUGCUCGAGCUUUUCUAGAAGUCGUGCACUUUAAAGUUUUUGGUGUGAACGCUCUUUGGAUGUAAAAUCCGAAUCAGAGACAAAGACAAAGACAACGGCCCCCGAAAAUGGAAAUGAUUCAUAAAACGUCGCUUGACCUGUCUCAAGCUGCGGUUUCGUUUUCGCACUGAGAUCGGGAUCGGGAUUGGAAACGAAAUCGGGAUUGGUAUCGGGAUCGGGAUCGGAAUCGGCAAACACCCGCCGAAAUUAAACACCUGCAAAUCAAAAUUUCGUUAUAAAUAUCGCCUUGCCGGUGGUCAGGAUUUACAUUACCAUUUCAGCCCUAAGUGAGAUUCAGUGAACAUGAAGUACGGUAGAUUCCAAACGAUCAGUUGCCUCUUGAUCAUCCUGGGGAUGGCCAGUGCGCAACCUUUGUCCUGGUGUGAUCCGGAUUUGUGUCCUGAAAACACGGUGCACAUAGCGUGUAACAACGAUGGCAAUUUUCAUGAAAGCUGCUCGCCGGAUGCCACUAUGGUGGACCUGAAACCAUAUCGCAGACUGAUCGUGGAUGAGCACAACAAGCGAAGGAACUACAUUGCCUCUGGAUCGUUGCCCGGAUACUAUCCGGCCACCCGCAUGGCCACCAUGGUGUGGGAUGACGAGCUGGAGUACCUGGCCACGUUGAACCUGAAAACCUGUUACCUGGAGCACGAUGAAUGCCACAACAGCUACCGCUUCCGGAAUCUGGGUCAGAAUCUCUGUGGGGUCGAUCGUCGAAGGAACUGGGACUUGAACGUGACCAAUCUGGUGGAGCAGUCGAUGGGCUUGUGGUUUGGAGAGCACAAACUCAUCGACAGCAGUUACAUUACCGAUUUUAAACUCACCAAAAACCUCGAAAAGUACGGACACUUUGUGGAAACGGUGCUGGACAGGAACACCCAUGUGGGCUGUGCCAUGAUGCGCUUCACCAAUCCACAGUACCCCUUCCUCUACAUCUACAACACCGCCUGCAACUAUGCCAGUGUCUAUGCCAUCGGAGUUCCUGUCUACAAUGCCGGAAAGCCCGCCUCUGAAUGCCGGACGGGCAGUAAUCCGGACUAUCCCGCUCUCUGUUCCACGAAAGAGCAAUACAAUCCCAAUCACAAUUUGUUUUAGCUAAUCAACCAAAUGAUAAAUACACAACCAAAAUACACAUUAGUUAAUGAACCUAAUCAAAACAGCC